GCUCUGCAUAGACCGACGCUGUUCAGUAGAGCUUGAUACUGUUUGGAACAUUGCCUCCGAGUCAACCUGGUGCUCCGACGAAAUUUCUCAGGACGACAGGUGCCUCGCUGCGUCGCGACACCUGCUAGUGUGUCGUCGGGGAACUUGUACAAGACAUCGCUUUGCGACCGCGUGCACUUUGCGUGUGUUGUCACGGACGAGCGUCGCUUGCCGUAGCCACGCUGGAGAACUUGGUGUGAAACCCUGAUCGCCGCUGGCUGCAGACUUGAGUGACCGCCAGCCGGCUCGAGGUUGGCUGGUGCCGGAGGCACGUAGUUGUCGAGUGUGGUGACGGUACCGCGGUCCAGCUGACUAUGUCCCGACGGAAGCAAGCUUGUCCCAGUAGGCACAUCGCGUCACCAGCGUCAAGCUCCCUCUGCGUCGGGAAUAGCCACAACGGUUCGGGCCGAGGUGGGAGCAGCACUGGCGGCGAGGAAGAGAGCAGCGACGACGAGCACGUGUGCGGCCGCUGCCGUGCCGAGUUUCCUACUCUCGACCACUUCUUAGCACACAAGCGGUGCUGCCCAAGUGUCGAGACAAUGGGGCUACCAGGCAGCACACCGAGUCGGCUAUCGUGCAGUGAUGACGAUGCGGCUGGCCGUCAAUCAACGUCGGACGUGGCCGAGGUGGACGAGGAUCCCCUGGUGGUGGCUGCAGCUGCGCGACUGCCUUCGACGCACGUGGCGUUGGAGGCUCUGCAGAGCACCAAGGUGGCCGUGGCGCAGUUUGCCUACGGCAGCGCUGGAGGUCCUGCUGAGAUAGCCGCGCUACACGAGGCGCUGAUGGCGCUGCAGCAACAGCAAGUCGUCCAGCUCCACAUCAUUCAGCAACUGCAGGCGUACGUGGGUGCCACACCAACGCUUCCUGUAAACCUGACCAGGGCGGCGGACAGUACACCGACACCGCCUCCUCCGCCGCCACCGCCACCACCGGCGCCUCGGACCGAGCCCAGUCCAGAUGCCCCGGGGCAGACACACGCGACCCCGCCGCCGCCGAACACCGCGGUAGACCUGGCCGCCAAAGAGAUUGCACCACCUGAACCCGCUGAGCCGCCACCGGAAACUAUCUCCAGCGGUGCCUUGCUGGUUGCGCCGCCCGUGGGUCCGCCGCCACCGGACGAGCCCAACACGCUUGAGCUUCUGCAGCGGCACACUGAAAAGGCGCUGCAGGACACCAUGAGUGGCGGCUCGUUCCUGCUAAAUGGCCUCGGCUCUCCUGACCCGAGUCGUCUGCGCAGGAAGGACGGCCGGCCCGACGAGGCUUACUUGCGCCACCGGUGUCGUUUCUGCGGCAAGGUGUUCGGCAGCGACAGCGCGCUGCAAAUCCAUAUCCGCUCCCAUACCGGGGAAAGACCCUUCAAGUGCAACGUCUGCGGGAACAGGUUUUCAACGAAGGGCAACCUGAAGGUGCACUUUCAAAGACACCGUGCGAAGUACCCACACGUGCGAAUGAACCCGCAUCCUGUUCCGGAGCACUUGGACAAGCAUUUCCCGCCGUUGGAGCCUCCCGGGGAUCGCAGCCCGACAUCGCCGUCCGGCGCCACGUCGUCACCACCACCGUCGCUACAACCCGCACUGGCUCUACAGACUGCUCCUUUGGGUGUCUUGGUCAAAGCAGGGUCCCAAGUGCCACGACCCGAUGAUCUUGUCGGACCUAGUUGCAGUGGGACGCUGGCGUUACGAGCCACGGGCAGCAGAAGCAUAUCUCCUGGUACUGAAACGACCAAUGUGACUACAUCAAUGGGUUCUCCACCGCUGGAGGGAGAACGCCCUUUAAGUCUUAAAGCCGAGCCAGAGGAUGAUGCAGAAGACAAGGCGUCGGACGAAGACAGAGACUCCGGCGGCAUCAGUGGUUCCGCUGAUGACUCUAUGCCCUUCACCUCAGCGGGAUCGUUCAUGAGCAGCUCCUUUUCCGCGCUUCCGACGCCUGCGGACGCAGCAGUGCCACUACAUGCGGACCCCGCGUUUUACCAAGACUUGCUGCCGAAGCCUGGAAGUAACGACAACUCGUGGGAAACUCUCAUGGAGGUGACGAGGCCGUCUGAGACAUCCAAGCUGCAGCAACUGGUCGACAACAUUGAGCACAAGCUGAGUGACCCGAACCAAUGCGUGAUAUGUCAUCGUGUGCUCAGUUGCCGCAGUGCUCUGCAGAUGCAUUACCGGACACACACCGGUGAAAGGCCGUUCCGUUGCAAAAUAUGCGGUCGUGCGUUCACCACGAAAGGAAAUCUUAAGACACACAUGGGAGUGCAUAGGGUCAAACCACCGCUACGUGUACUUCACAAGUGCCCCGUCUGCCACAAACAAUUCACUAACUCUCUUGUUCUGCAACAACACGUCCGUAUGCAUGGAUCAGAAAGCUUGCAUCCGACGCAAAGUUUCUCAACAACCUCACAGAGGCCCACGCCACCGCCAAAGACUUCUUCGUCACCACCUCCAACUUCUCCUUCUUCACCAAUGCCUGAGCAAAAGAAAGAAGAGGAGCGGUCGCCCUCUCCGCAGCCUCUGUUGCGGCCUCUGAGUCCUGAGCGCCCACCGUCGCAACUAACGUCAUUAGCUGCUCUUGAAAAUCAGGUUAAGGGCAUCAAGACGUCGUUGCAAGUGCCAGCAUUACCUUUCGGCCCUUUCGGAAUAGGCCUUUCUUCUGGUUUUGGGCGCUACGACGAACAGUCGCCUCUCUUUAAUCGAACGCCAGAAGCUGGACAACGGUCUCCGGCAUUUUCACCGCGAGCAGGAUCUGAACUGUCAACUGGUGAUGAAAGAUCAACUCCAGGAGCGCCUUCGCCAUCUGGUGGAACUUCACCACCCGUGAACGGUGGUCCGCUAGAUCUAACGCCGCGAACCUUAUUAGGUCGGCCAGCGGACAACUUUUCUGGUCGCUUUUUUGCCGCUCCGCCGUUGGGAGGAUUGCCGUUUCCUGGAGCCGCGCCCGGCCGCCCGAAUACAACAUGCCAGAUAUGCUUCAAGACGUUUGCCUGCAACAGUGCUCUCGAGAUCCACUAUCGGAGCCACACCAAAGAGCGACCGUUCAAAUGCAGCGUCUGCGAGCGGGGCUUCUCCACCAAGGGAAACCUCAAGCAGCACAUGCUGACACACAAGAUCCGAGAUUUGCCGGCCACCUUGUUCGCAGCCACCCCUACCUCGAGUGCGAGCGCGCCGAGCCCGGUACCCAGUCCCGGGCGCUCCUCGAGCCCUGCUGAUCAGCGACCCGGCGCCAGCCCCGACGAGAAUCGGACCAAGAGGGUGGAACCGGUGGCUGCGCCGCCGGGUGGGCCGCCGCCGCCCCGGCGACCUCCUGGCUUGCCAAGGCACGUGUGCCACGUGUGCAACAAGCCCUUCUCGAGCUCUAGUUCUCUCCAGAUCCACAUGCGCACACACACUGGUGACCGGCCCUUUAAGUGCUCCGUGUGCGGCCGCGCUUUCACCACCAAAGGCAACCUCAAGGUGCACAUGGGUACGCACAUGUGGAACAACGGUAGUUCGCGUCGCGGCCGCCGCAUGUCCAUUGAGCUGCCAUCGCUGCUGAGUGGGCCCAAGGCUGACUUCGUGCCGCCACCGCCGCCACCCCAUGAGCUCUUCUACCCCUACCUUGGGCCGGCCUACCUGAAUGGCAUGCUGGGACCGAAGGCGAACGAGAUCUCCGUCAUCCAGGGCGCCAGCACCGAGCCCCGACCGGGAGAUGAGGCCGAGCCCCACAACGGCGCCUGGGCCUGGAAGAUGGCCUGCAACUUGUGCGCCAAGAUUUGCGGUUCGUCGCUCGAGCUAGAGGCUCACCUCAAAGCGCACCAUCGCAAGGAACUGGAGGUCCAGUCGCCUGACAACGUGGCCGUCUGAGGCCGCCCGCACCCCUAGUCCAUGCCCUUCCCAAUUCCUGUAGCCCAAGUGGCCCUUCCCCGUAACUUAUUGUCUCGCCCUCAUCCACGAGUUGGUUAUGUCUUCUGUGAUAGUGCACCUCCCGAACUGCCGAAACUGUUUUUCUCCCCUUGUGUAACCUCGUUUUCAUUAGUUCGGCCCUCGUCGGUCGCAGCCCUUGGCGCAGCCCUGGAGUGUACAGUGUUUCUGCAGGGGCCGCCCGAGCGGUGCGGCUUUGCAACACCCCCCUCUUCCUCCUCGCCUCCCCAACGCCCCUAGGCGCCAGCCAGCCGUCGGGCACAGCACCAGCUGAGGGCCGGGGGAACCACGCGAGUGAUACCUGGGCUGUGAUAUGUGUGGUGCCCCUGGCCCUUUUUGAGUAACGCGUUCCCCACACCUCCCCUCCACGCGCGCCAUGCUCUACGACGGCAAAAUACACUGGGCAUUCCAUUGCUACACACACGCGCAAGCGGAUGCAUUCCGUACCUCCUCCCUGUUGAUCUGUCUUCCUAUCCAAGCCCUGGGCCGUCCCUGUUCAGGCAUAGCGCUCGACGGACCCCGUGAACUCCUGCCGCCUCCUCCCCCCUCUUGGUUUCUCACUGGGCACGCUAAUGUGCACGUGCUUCGGGCGACGCCGCGAACCGGCACAUAAAGGCCAACAAAUCACGUGUCAUCGCCAGCCACUGUUUGUACUCUCUUCGAGAUGCUCUUUGCAGCGUUGUUGAAGCCACAGGCGCGAGGGCAUAGAUUACAGUGAGGAACAAAGCGUGCGAUAUUAGGUGUACGAUGUGAGCUAGGAAAGCUGUUAAACGUUGCCUAAAUCGCAGAACUCCAACAAUAGAAAAAAAAACAGAGACACACUCGGAAGUGCGUAAGGCAACGCCAUCGUCUCACAUUAGACCGCCUAUUUGGGCUCGUGUUUAAUAAAAAAAAAAACAGACUUUGAGCCUUGAGCUAUCGAACAGAAAACAAAAAAAGUUCUCAUCUUUUCUUGUUCGCGAACAUCAUUAUUUAGUCAUCUCAAGUUUCGUCAAGAGAAACCAGCCACACUGGCGGCUACUUAACAGUGUUGGGAAAAGUGUAAUUGAAAUUGCAUUUUGUUUAGCGACAGCAUUUUCCGCGAGACAAAACUUACAUUGGCAGAGGCGGCCAUAUUAGUUCUGUUUAAUUUAUGCCAAGCUUGCUUCAGUUUUCGGUCAACAUUUAUUAAUAAUAAUAAUAUAUUUUUUUUUUGUUCAGGAACGAUGUCAGCACUGAGAUAUCUGAUGCAUUGGGCGCAGUACACUGAAGCUAGGAGAAACCAAGUACAGGUCGCAUCGCGGAAGGCUAAGCGAAGCCAAAAAUUUGCGCAUAACUUGCAUUUUUCUCCACAAAUCUAUUUCAGUCCUGUAGGGGUUCCCGUCGUUUUUUAGGACCUAGUGCUGUCUACUUUAAUCGGAAAAUGUUGCCUUCGACUUGUUAAGCUUAGUUGGAAGUCAUAACAUUUUUGUCAAAGGCUGUAGCGGUAUACACUGCGAACAUUGUCAUACGACUUAUACCAUAGCGCUUGGAACUUCGAUGUAAGCAGCAGCGUUGGAGCGUGAAGCUUGUCGAAUCGGAUGAGGUAGCACAUACAAACGGCAAAACAUCUCAGCGGUGCAAAAUUCAGUGUUUUCAACGUCUCUUGUAGCAUAAAUGAAGCCGCUAGUGACACGCCGUGCGUGGUUUCGUUCACGUUUGCGCAACGAAAGUGACAUUAGUGUACUAGAUGAAACAUCGCGGACAGGUCUCCCUAUAGUAGUUGGUUACGUGAGCAAGUAAAGCUGCCGUACGUGCACAUUUACUCAUUAUUCCUCGCAUUUUGAAUAUAGAAACGAACAAUUCACCAAAGCAUGGCAACUUAAAAGGUUUUUUUUUUUUCUUUUUGUGCUUCAAUAAUGCGUGACAUCAUCGUCUUAGUACUCCUAUUAUUACACCGCACACGUCGGGUCAUAACGCAGGGUGCUGCUACUACUGAAUAUGUUUCCAUCUUUUCGGUCAUUGCGAGGACGCCUGCCUUCUAUUCUAACAUCGUGGUCACUCCUCCAUCCGCGUUCAAAAAACUUCGCUCUUUUCACCAAAGUCGAAACGGAUAAAAUUAGCGAAGCCUGAGUUUAUCUACGCAGAAACGAAUCUCCAAAUACGACGCGUUUGUGAUUAGCGCCGCUUGCCGGAAAGGCCCUUGCGAUUCUAUUGCGUAAUUUUGUUUCGUUUACUUUAUAAACGAUUAUCCUGAUAUUAUUGAUUGUUUAGAAUUUCAUCAUGACAGAAGCUAACCUGAAAUGUUCAACGGGAUAAGAACUUUACGUGGCAUCUUGCGAGUUAUAGUUGCCUCCAUAAUAUUAAUUGAGAUUUACAAAGAAACUAGCAUUCUUUUGACCCGGCAGUUAGCCUGCGAAGUUGCGCAAGGUCAACGCCCUGUGGCUCGUAACUGUUUCACGUAUGGUCACAUCGCUUGCCUGGUUGGUACCAGAAUAGUACUAGCUGCUACAUGCAUGUUUAAGUCACAAGCUCACCGUUCGUGCGGGGUUCUUUAACGUCAACGAGCUGGUGGUUAAGCACAAAUAGUAUUUUGUUCUCUAAUUUUAGAAAUUAUUCAUGCAAGACUCCGCAUGCUAGUCUCGCGUGCAUUGCGUCCCAUGAUAGGAGCGUUUUUGGCGCCAUUUACUGGCAUAUCCAAAAGGACCAUUUGUACCGAUUCUGUUCACUUUCUGCAUCGUUUCUUUUAAGUAGCGAUGUCUUUUUAUUCCUUCCAAGUAGGCUCACUUUUUGUUUCUGGUAUUGUGCUUUUCUGGAGUUAGGUUUUCGUGAAAAUGCUGGCGUGCUGCAGAGUUGCUGUACUUUCUGGCACGUGUGUGUCUGAAGGCGGUAAACGGAAGCGUUUUCCCUGGCGUUCGUUCCACCCGUUCCUUUUUUUUUUCUUGCAAGGAGUGAUGCGAAUUGUAUACACGGUGUAAUACUCAGCACAUCUUUAUAUUUUUUUCUCUCCAAAGCGCGCAGUGCGCGCGCGCAUGCCUUAUUUUUUUUCGUUAGCCACGUUUAUAUUACCUUUUGUGUUGUUCGUUUGGAAUUGUGGCGUCACGUAUCUUCCCCCUGAGGGUUCCAUAGCGACGCCGCGGGUGGACUGCGGCAGUGUUCUUUCCUAUCCCAGUGGCGUGCAUUCGUUGACUUUGUGGUCCAAAAUCUGACACAUCCCCCUCCCCGUCCUCGAUCUGACCGUCGUUGCGUGCUGUAUUUUUAAUCGACAAAGGGGGGAUUCGUUUUGUGUGUGUGUUUUGUUUUCAGUGAUUACGUCAGGCGGACGUGAUCAUCCUUGGGGCAGUGCUCCGCCAGCCAUCGUGUCAACAGAAACACUCCGGAGAAAGCUAUUUUUGUAACACUUGUAGCGGUUGUCAACGCUGCCUGGCGGAACACUGCUCGCCUGACCAAGGAGCUAAAGGGAACGCUCGUGGGCUUGCGAGAGAAUCAUCACCGAUCAAACUGCGUGACUCGGAGCAAACAGUCUGUCUGUACCCAACGAGUUUUAGGCAUGUUUUUACCCUUGCCCUGCCCCACUCACACUGCUGGCUGACCUCCCUCGCGUCGCGCAGUGCCGAUAGCUGGUUUUGAGACGCUGUUAUUUCUGUCAAGGUGCCUCGGUUUCAUUUGUGAGUGUUGUCGACGCGAACACGCACAUUCACUCUUGUAUAGUCAAACUGCCAUGUUCACUCCUGCAAGUCGCUCGAAGGGACCAUGAAAGGAACAAUACGAACAGUCUGUUACGUCGCCUUCCCGCGAAAAAUGGGGAAUUGCAAGCCCAAAAGACACGGUUGGUGUGUCGUUCAAAUCGAACUAUGGAUGGCCUCUACUCUCAGAGACUCAUUGCAUAAUAGCAAUUUACGAGCAGUCUGCGUUUUUCUAAAGAAAACAACAACAAUUUUACCUAUUCACCCAUAUUUGUUUUGGCGUAGUUACGUAUAUCACAAAUGUCGCACAAGAUGUAUAAUCUGAAUCAAAAUUCUUCACUCAUUGAAAGCAUGAAAUGGCGUGCAUGAAUAUACGUUAACCUUAUUAGAUGUCGCCAGUCGGACGCGGUCAACUGGAGACAAGUUCGUGGUGAAUUUCAUGGUUCCCGAGAUGUGACGAUUGCGACACAAUUCUCAACAGCUCUCAACAAUGCUGAGUCUGGCCCAUUGUAUAACGAGCAGUGUCAAGGUUUACAAUAUUUACUUGUUGUGCUUCUGAUAUUCGUUUAUGUCACAUGGAAGUGCUUUAUGACGACUUCAACACAAUAGCAGAGAAAUGAGUUCUUUUCUUCAUGCGCUAUGCGCAAGGAGUUGCGCGCUGGGGCUAGAAAUAUGUCAAAUGGAUUGCGUGUCUGGGAUGAACAUUGUGCUGUGCAUGCAAAGUCUGAGAUGUCAUUACCUUGGAAGGCAAAGUCAUGAGCUGUGCUCAGGCACCUUAUCUUCCCAACGUUUUCGAGCCCUCCUGGCACCCCACAUGUAUCUGUGAACACCCUCCAGCGGCCUCUCUUUGUACGCUCCAGGAGGCAGCAGAAUAAAACAAACGAGGACAUCGCCAUGGAAAUACAUCGUGCCGAGCGAUAAAUAAAACUCAAUUUUAGACGGAGGUCGAGCGGGAAAAAA